AGAAGUUUGGCCACCAGGGGGUGGUGUCGGUGCGGAAAGGCAAGUGGUUGUCCGGCGGCGAUGCCCUGGACUCGUUGACAGCAGCCGCUGGUACUGUAUCUCUGACCUCCGCGCUGAACAUGACCCACCGUACUUCUGUCUUCAUGGCGACAGCCGCUGCAAGUGUAGUGUAAUAUGGAGAAGGGGAACCGGCCGCCGGGACAACAGAAGUCCGGGUCUGGAGCGUAGCCGGAGCUAACAGGGCUAACGAGUCAGGAUGUUGCGAUGGAUCCGACAGCAGCUGGGUUUGGACCCCCCUCAUCAGAGUGACACCAGGACCGUCUAUGUGGCCAACCAUUUCCCUCAGCAUGGACACUACGUUCCUGAGCGCUUUACAGACAACCGGAUCAUCUCAUCAAAGUACACCAUCUGGAAUUUUGUCCCAAAGAAUCUGUUUGAGCAGUUCAGAAGAAUUGCCAACUUCUACUUCCUUAUCAUCUUCCUGGUGCAGUUGAUGAUUGACACACCUACCUCGCCUGUCACCAGUGGACUUCCACUUUUCUUCGUCAUCACGGUCACAGCCAUUAAACAAGGUUAUGAGGACUGGCUGAGACACAAGGCUGACAAUGAGGUCAACAGUGCACCGGUUUAUGUGGUCCGCAGUGGGGGUCUGGUACAGACCCGUUCCAAGAACAUCAGGGUCGGAGACAUUGUCCGGGUUGCCAAAGAUGAAACAUUCCCAGUCGACCUGGUUUUACUGUCGUCAGAUCGUGCAGAUGGAACUUGUCACGUGACCACAGCAAGUCUGGAUGGAGAGACCAACCUCAAGACCCACCUUUCAGUGCCAGAGACCUCAGUUUGUCAGUCAGUCUCCAGGCUGGAAUCCCUGCUAGCUGUAGUGGAGUGUCAACAACCAGAGGCCGACUUGUAUCGGUUUGUGGGUCGGAUCACCGUGACUCAACAGGGUGAAGAGAUUGUCAGGCCUCUGGGUCCAGAGAACCUGCUGCUGAGAGGAGCCCGACUCAAGAAUACCAAGGAGAUUUUUGGUGUGGCGGUCUACACCGGCAUGGAAUCCAAGAUGGCGCUGAACUACAAGUGCAAGUCCCAGAAACGCUCUGCAGUUGAGAAGUCCAUGAACUCCUUCCUCAUCAUCUACCUGGUCAUCUUGCUGGCCGAGGCUGGACUCAGCACAGUUCUCAAGUACGCCUGGCAGGCCCAGGACAACUGGAGAGAACCCUUCUACAACCAGAUGACCGAGCAGGAGAGGAACAGUAGUCCGAUCCUGAAGUUUAUCUCCGACUUCUUGGCCUUCCUGGUCCUGUACAACUUCAUCAUUCCCAUUUCACUGUACGUGACUGUGGAGAUGCAGAAGUUCCUGGGGUCCUUCUUUAUCGGGUGGGACCUGGACCUGUACCACCCAGAGAGUCACCAAAGAGCCCAAGUUAACACUUCAGACCUGAACGAAGAACUGGGCCAGGUGGAGUAUGUCUUCACGGAUAAAACUGGAACCCUGACAGAGAAUGAGAUGUAUUUCCGGGAAUGUUCUAUCAACGGCAUCAAGUACCAGGAAGUCAAUGGGAAACUGGUACCAGAAGGACAGAAGAACCCUGCAGACUCAUCUGGAGUCAAAUUGGGUCAGGAAGAGAUACUGUUCUUGCAAGCGGUCUCUCUGUGUCACACCGUUCAGAUCAGCUAUGACCAGCCAGACUCUCUGCCCUUUGGAGGAGAUCCUUUCUCCCAUGUCAACGGCUUCACCUCGCCUCAUGUUGAGUAUUACGCCUCCUCUCCUGAUGAAAAAGCAUUGGUGGAGGCAGCCAGGAGAUUGGGUGUGGAGUUGGUGGACAACACCGCUGAGGUCAUGGAGAUUCAAACUUUGGGCAAAUCCGAGAAGUACAAGCGUCUGCACGUGCUGGAGUUUGAUGCUGAGCGUCGCAGGAUGAGCGUCAUUGUACAGACCCCUUCAGGAGUUAACGUUCUGUUCACUAAAGGAGCCGAGUCAGCAGUUUUACCUUUCAGCACCAGUGGAGCGAUCCACGAAACACAGAACCAUGUGGAUCAGUUUGCACGGAAAGGACUACGCACCCUGGUGGUUGCGUGCCGUCACUUCAGCCCAGAGCAGUUCGCAGACAUUGAGCGGAGACUGAACACAGCCCGAACGGCUCUGCAGCGGAGGGAAGAGCAGCUUCAGGAGGUCUACAGCUUCAUUGAGAGAGACCUCCAUGUGCUGGGAGCUACAGGUGUAGAGGACAGACUCCAGGACCAAGUCCAGGAGACCAUCCAGUCCUUGCGUCUGGCAGGAAUCAAAGUCUGGGUGCUGACUGGCGACAAACACGAGACGGCGGUCAGCGUCAGUGUGUCUUGUGGCCACUUCACCCGAAAUAUAAACAUACUGGAACUUUUGAGGCAGCAGACCGACAAUGAGUGUGUAGAGCAACUGCGAAGACUAAGCAGACGGGUGCAGCAGGACCAUGUGAACCAGUAUGGUCUGGUUGUGGAUGGUGCAAGUCUCUCUCUGGCUCUGAGGAAACACGAGAAGCUUUUCCUAGAAGUUUGUAGAAACUGUUCUGCCGUUUUGUGCUGCAGGAUGUCGCCCCUGCAGAAGGCCAAGGUGGUCCGUCUCUUUAAGACGUCUCCAGAAAAACCCAUCACGUUAGCUGUUGGAGACGGAGCCAACGAUGUCAGUAUGAUCCAGGAGGCAAACGUUGGCAUAGGAAUCAUGGGAAAGGAGGGACGGCAAGCAGUGAGGAACAGUGACUAUGCGAUUGCAAGAUUCAGAUUUCUGUCCAAACUGCUUCUGGUCCAUGGACACUUCUACUACGUGAGGAUCUCCACGCUGGUCCAGUACUUCUUCUACAAGAAUGUUUGUUUCAUCACGCCACAGUUUUUGUACCAGUUCUUCUGCCUCUUCUCACAACAAACGCUGUAUGACAGUGUGUAUCUGACUCUGUACAACAUCUGCUUCACAUCGCUGCCCAUCCUAGUCUACAGUCUGUUCGAGCAGCUGGUUCAUCCUCAGGUUCUACAGAACCAACCCAGCCUGUAUAGAGACAUCAGUAAGAACUCUCUCCUCUCCCUCCGCGCCUUCAUCUACUGGACUCUUCUGGGCUUCUGUCAUGCCUUCAUCUUCUUCUUCGGCCCUCUGGUUCUGCUGGGAGAGGACACGCCGCUCAUGGCCAGUGGGCAGGUUCGUGCGUGUGCUUGCCUUAGUGUGUGUCUGUGUCUCACUGGUGUCACUUGUGUCCCACAGAUGUUUGGUUCUUGGACCUUUGGGACACUGGUCUUCACUGUCAUGGUGGUCACCGUCACACUGAAGCUGGCUCUGGAGACUCACUUCUGGACCUGGAUGACUCACUUGGUGACAUGGGGUUCCAUCGCCUUCUACUUGAUCUUCUCGCUCUUCUACGGCGGAAUCAUCUGGCCCUUCCUUCACACGCAGGACAUGUACUCUGUGUUCGUGCAACUGCUCUCCUGCGGUUCUGUCUGGUUCUCCAUGUUCAUCAUCACCAUCACCUGCCUCGCUCCAGACGUCUUCAAAAAGGUUUUGGAUCGACACCUUUGGCCCACAGUGACGCACCAGAGCCAGUCUCUGCCAGCACCACAGGGUCCCACGCUCAGCUGCAUGGAGUCACUGUGCUGCUUCCAGCACGGACAGAGCGGCUGUUCACGUCUGGCCCGACUUCUGGACCAGGUGAGCGGCAGUUGUCAGAGCGUUGACACCAGGGCGUGUCCUGUCUCAGCCCGCAACAGGUCUUGGACCGAUGACACCUUCACGACUGACCGAAGCAUCUUGACUCUGUCCCCUCUGGAAGUCAGUCAUUGCUGAAGGGCCUGUGUCCAGUAAGAGGCCUCACCGUCUGGGGCUGAUUCAUUACACGAGACCAAAGUGUAGGUCUGGAGCAGAACUCUGAAAUCAGCUGGACUUCCAGAACCAGCAUCUGUGGUCCCAGCUGUCGUGUGCCUGUAGCAACAUUGGUUCUGACUCGGAAGCCAUAAAGACCAAUCUGAAUGUUGAAGUGCGGAUGUGUUCCGUCACCGCACUCCUGACUGUUACCAUGGACUCUGUCGAUCAUGUUUGUCCUUUAUUUAUUCUUUUCUCUUCUGUCUCUCUGCCGACGUCAUGUCUCUUCUGUGUGAUCACUGAAAACAGUGUUGAGAAAAGUUUGGGCUUCAGGGUCAGUCCUUUAUUUUACACAGCAGUUAACCAGGAUGUUCUGUCAUCAUACUUCG